UAUAUACCUCGCUCCUCGUCUCUUCAUCAUAACCCCGCUUUUUUCCUUUCCUGGUCGCCCUCUUGAUGGUCUCAUCCUCUUCCGGCGUCUUCCCCUCCAUUUCCCUCUUUUGAGGGUUCCAAGGCUGGUAGAUGUCCGUCUCUCUCCCUCCCCACAGGCUGUUCCCCCCUCUCUGCCGCCCGAUUGUAGCCAAUUGUGGCUGGGUUGCCGUGCUGGUGUGUCCCUGCAGACCCUACCUCACAGAGCCUCCUCCUGUGUUCGUCAUUCCAAAGUUGCUGGAUGCUCACCCGAUUUCCCCCUCACAACUGCUCACAACUUGCUCACAGCUCUUCUUAUCCCUUCUUAUCCCUUCUGAUUCUCCUGAUUCUUCUCUUCCUCCUGUUUAUCUUUCAUCACUUUAUUGGCGUGUAUAUUCACUUGUUCCCAUCCCAACCUCCUCUCAUCCCCUCUUCUGGCUGUCUAUUUGGCUGUCUGAUGCCCUGUUUCCAUCUAUCUCCCCAGCCUUUCUGUUUUGUUUCCUGAUCUUUCCCGCUCUUUUUUCCCUUCUCCCCCUUUCUCGCCCAUCCGCUGCUCAUCUCUAUCCCCCCCGCCCCCAAGUCUUUCAUAUAGCUUCCUCGACAUAUCUCUUAGAUAUAUCUCUUUUCCAUCUACACGAUUUUAUCAUCGUAUAUCUUUCCAACCUUCUCUUCCAACAGCAAUACCGACAAGACAAGCUCGCUCCUCAGUAUUCGCUCUCUCUCUCUCUCCCUAGCUGGAUCCUCCACGUGCGUUUUCUUGCCCUGCUUCAGUUUCUCCUCUUAUAUCCUUCGCUUCCACUUGAUUUCUUCAUCGUAGCAACUCACUCCUCUUCGUCUUCUCACCGAACUCAUCAUAGACACUCAAAAGCCCACAACAAGCCCUUCAAGCAAGAAAGGCCUUUUUUGAGAUCACAAAACCAUCCUUGUUCAUCAUCUCUUUGAUUUGCUUGAUAAAUCUCGCUCUCCAAGCAAAAAUGAGAGGCAACGGAUCUUCUGCUAUUGCAAGCAGCCCUCGCUCCUCAGAUGAGGCUGCCUCUCGCAACGGCUCCCCUGAGACAAAGCUUACUGCCUUCUCCCCUGAAGACCUCCGUCUGAAGUCCCGCUUCGAGGCCGGAAGGGCUUUCUGUGGUCCUCCUGACGAUAGUCACCGUCCUUUCUAUUCCAUUAAUAAUGGACUGGGCCAUCAUCAGGGUCAAGACCCCUUCUUGUCCACCCCAUCUUCUGCUGGUCGCGCCCAGCUUUCUCCCACUGCCUCCAGCUUCACCCCGUCUGGGUUCAGCAUUAAUCCUUUUGGAUUUUCUGCCCGUUCGGCUUUCCAUGGAGAUCAACAGCCACAGCCCAUGGCUAAAGGCUACUUAGCUGCCACUUCAGAGCCUGAUGCCUCUCCUGAUGCUAGUGAUGUCUUUGGGACGCGCUCAAACCUACGCCUCUCGGGUUUUGGCCCCAUCGGGAAAGCAAAGUUGGUGAAAAGCCCGCUUCCCAUGAUGUUUGCCCAUCUAGGGAAGUUCGACGGCGAAAAUCGCAACCGUGCUUUCGCUAUAGACGGUGUCCCAGCAAACCUCCCCUAUCUCACUCUUGCUGAGAUUUUCAACCGUCGCGAAUUCGGGACUCUCAAGGGCCCUGUGUUCACGGAACUCAGCUCUGCCGGGUGCAUCUAUCUGGGGUUUACUGACAUUCGUGAUGCCAAAAAUGCCUCCGAAAAAGUUAGACGUCUUCAUCCUGAAUGGCGCAUCCGCUCCUUGACUGCAAGGGAGUAUGCCCAGAAGUUUGACCCGGCCAAUGCUGGUCUGGUUUCCGAUUUCGAAGGCCAAGUUUUUGCCUCUGUUUUUUAUGACAGCUCUAACCCAUCCUUGGAUGCGCGUGUUGUGUCGCACUCGUUCAAGGAUCUCUUGGAGACUUUUGGCGAUAUCAAAGCUUUCCAUGGCAUGCCAAAUACCCAAGGAAACGUUGAUGAGUUUUUGAUCGAGUUCUUCGAUACUCGUGCUGCUGAUAAUGUCGUUUCGACUUUGAACGGAACAUCUGUGGACGAAUGCGUUCUGGAGCUUAAACUCCACAGACCAGACAUGGCAGAGCCACAAACUCCUCGCCAUGGAUCUUUCGAAUCCAGAGACUUCUUCUCUUCAUCUGAUGUGUCGAACAAGCGGCCAUACAGUCGUCGAUCCAUGACUCACAUGCAUUCUAGUCCAUACCAUGAACUUAGCCCUACUGGCCGCUCUAUCAUUCCGAUUGAUGACCAUGUAGCAACUAUGGGUUGGAUGCCAAAGGCUGACGAUAACUUUGGGUUCCGUCCUCGCCAUGAACUUAGUCGCCAUAGUGAUCCUCGCUCUAACAAUCAGAACUUCGUCGACAUCGAACGCAUCCGCUGUGGUGUCGAUGUCCGCACUACAAUUAUGCUUCGCAAUAUUCCAAACAAGAUUGAUCAGGCCAUGCUUAAGGAAAUCGUCGACGAAACUAGCCAUGGUAAAUACGAUUUCAUGUAUCUGCGUAUUGAUUUCGCAAAUAACUGCAAUGUCGGCUAUGCAUUCAUCAAUUUCGAGGAUCCAAUUGAUAUCAUCGAUUUUGCCAAAGCUCGUGCGGGUCAUACAUGGAAUUGCUUCAACAGCGAUAAAAUUGCGGAAAUAUCCUACGCCACUAUCCAAGGAAAGGACUGCCUGGUCCAAAAAUUCCGCAAUAGUUCCGUAAUGCUUGAGCAUCCCUCCUUCCGCCCAAAGAUUUUCCACACCGGCACUGGACCCCUGGCUGGAUCCGAGGAUCGUUUCCCAGGCCCAGACAACCCGUCAAAAAUGCGUCGUAGCGUCGAAAACGCAGAGCAUGUCGGCCUCUUCGCGCCACGUGUUGGCCAGCAAUAUCGCGACGAGCAGCGUCGUCGUCGCUCCCAGUUCGACCGCGGGACCACCGCCGCUGAGCGUGAGGCGUAUUACGUCCGCUCCUCCAGCUCCUUCACGCCUAGACGUGGCGCGUUGAAUGGAAACGGGAACGGUGGUGUGAUGCUACCGAUGAUGGUGAUGUCUCCGUGUUAUGAGGGCCCUGUUUCUGGUGCUGAUGGUGGUGUUGGCGCUCGGGCUUCUUGAAAAAUAGGAGAAGGGAUGGAGGGCCGUUUUCUGCGUACUUGCGGGUGUGCAAGUGGGUAUCGAUUGGCCAAGGAAAGAAAGGAAAGUAUCCAUUUUCGCUCUUUUUGUCCUUUUUUGCCUGCUUCGAAUGGGGUUUUUGUGUUUAUUUCUUGUUUUGCCCUUCCACUGGAUUCCGAUAAUAUCUUCCCUUCCUCACCACCCUUCAGCACCAGCAGGGUGUGUUGUCUGAAUUUGCGCUGUGUAUGGCUGGUCGCUCAGUAACUUAAUUCUUCAGUUUCUCCCUUUUGCUUUUGUGUCAUAUUCAUACCCGCUCUCCUCCCUCCUGUCCUCUCUCGAACCCGAAUGCCACUGUUUGGUUGUGAAAGGAAUAGUCUUCAAGAAAAAUUUUCCGGAAGCGAGAGAGAGAAAGAAAGGGAAAAAGAAAGGAGAGUGAUGGAAGGCCAAUUCAAUCAAUGCCUGAUCGACAGGCAUGGGAAAAAAAAAAAAAAAGAAAAAAAAAAAGGAAAGAGCCCUCUUUUAUCCAUCUUGCUCUGUGUACCCAUUACUCAAAUUUGGGAUUGGGUAGAACCCAUCAAUCGACAGGCAAGUUGUUUGGUUUGGUUUGAUCCUUUUUCAGAAAAGGAGCUCAGGCGUGUGUUGUUGGGUUUUGUUGGUUGCUGGAAUGGAACUUAGUUGAGUUGGGCUUUUAUUUACCUUUUUUGUGUUUUCUUUACUCCUUUCGAUUAUGCUUGCUCGUGCUCAUGCUUGUUCGCAUGUUCUGCUCGGCUGUGUUAUUUCUAUUCCUUUGCUCGACGAGUUUCUGGGUUUGAGACGACACGCUCGAAGUGGGGAACGACUUAAUUAAUCUACCUUAAAAAUGGGACAGAUAAGAGGUGGAUCUUUUUCUUCUCUAAGUUUGAUUUUGAUUUUUUACCUUUCUUGCCCACGACCUUCUCUCACUUCUUAGGCGAUCUUCCCUCCUUUACCCAUGUACUUUUAGUCUCAUGUAUGUAUUGUAGUUUUAACUACACAGACACGGAUGGAUCUUUUAUCCGAAAAAUUUCCCCCUCCCUUGUGGAGUCCCUUGGAGGUUUUUUGUUGCCAAAUAGCAGCGUGGAAUUAAAUGGGGAUCAUACCAUCUCCAAGUCCCACAUAAAUAGCAUGUUGUAGCGGUAUCAAACUCAGCUCUCAAGGGAAGGAAGUGGGGAGGCCACGGCUGUAUUAGUGAAGCUUUCAGUUGUAUGUAUUUAGCAGUGUCCUUCGCGUUUGACGGGCCAAUAGUUAAAACUAAACAGACAGUAAGCGAGG